AUGACGAGAAUCAUUAAACAGACGCGCAGCUGCAGGAGGGCAGUGCGAACUGCUGUUCUCCGUUACCCGCUUCUACCACGUCGGUCGAGUUUUGCUGUCUCUGUUAGUCUCGUGGUCGUCUUCUCUCUGUUCAUUAAUGUGCACGCAGCCGAAACCUCGUCUGCGUCUGCGGUCCUGCUGGCGAGCGCCUCCUCACUGGGGCCAAUUCUACCCGCCGACGAGUCUGAAGGUCCAUUGGCGCGAGAGGGGAUGCUUCCCCCCCAACACGCUGACCAGGGAAACGCUGACGCAAGUCUAUUGACAGAUGACCACGAUGAUGGUAAUAAGCUCGAUCGCCCCCGAGAAGGUGUUGAAGCUAUUGACCCACGCUACACAAGUGGCAACGGAGUGUUGCCGACGACUCUUGAAGAGCAGGAUGAGGUGAAUGAAGGCACGGAGGAGGAUACACCUCUUGGAGGUACCAGCCAAGGAGGACGUUCCGGCCAACCGGAAUCACCGCUUGACGAAGGGAAUGAUGAAGGAACAGGUGACCAAGACGGUGACGAAGGAGAAACUCCCGACACCGGCGAUGGGGAAGACGAAGAUCACGACGCGGAGUUCGACUUCGAGUACUACCUGCCUCAUCAAUAUCGCCGCGUUAUACCAGGAACCAACAUUGAUUACUAUGAUUACGUGCUUAUGGAGGAAAGACACGCCCGUGGAGAAACAGACGAGCCCCCUCCGGAUCGCAAUGGGCUGGUUCCAUCCGAAGGGCAAAAGCCAUUGCCUGUCGUCAACUCAAGUAACGGAGUGUUCUCUUAUUGUUACACUACCGCGCAAGCAGAUAUCCUCGAGCGAUGCAGUCAGGCUGCCACCCUGGGAGUCGGCGUAUACAUACCAAUCGUGAAUAUGACUGAUUUCGGUCGUCAUAAUGACGCCGAAAUAGGAAACCCUGCAGUCCAGGAGGUUUCGCUUUCCCCUGAGCAUUACACGUCUGUACGCCAAGAAUUUUCUGCUGAUUGGUUCGACACUAUCGCUGAACUGAAGAAUCGGACCCGCCUCAGUGUGGGUGGCCUCUGGUUCGGGCCUCCAGAUUUUGAUCGUAUGAGCGGGAUUAUGCGCAACUACCCGAAUCUGUUUGACGGCGUCGUUGUGGACUGGGACUCUGGCAAAGGGGCUUGCAUGAGCAAGCUCAAAACUCCACCGCAUUUCAGCCGGAAUGGGCAUCAAAACAGUUGGUGGAACCCAAAGACUUUCUUUAUGCGUUACUACAUUGGAGGACAAGACGUCGAGGUGUGCCGUCUACCGGACCGGACGCCGUACACAACAGAGCCGUUUGUUUACAACAAUCUCCGAGGCAAGUGUUCUUCCUCGUAG